AGACACAACAGCAACUGAUGAAGGAAAAAAGAUACUUAUUAGCAUAAGAAAUGCCUCUGUACAGUCUCCAGUAGCCUGAGGUCACCAAUAAAUCCAAGGUUCCAUACAACACAGGAGUAUUCUAAUGAGGAGCAGGCAUGAGUUGAAAGGAGAGAAACUACAAAAGAUGCAUUCCAUUAAACAGUUGCUUUAAGGAUGUUUUAUGCAACACCUGCAGAUUUGUUGAUGAUCUUUGCAAUGUGUUGAUGGAAUUUCAAGGAGGAAUCUACUAUUAUUCCAAAAUCAACAGUAGAAUCUGUAAUAGGGAUUGAUGUAUUAUUCAUAUAGUAUAGCGGAAACAACCCUAAUGCCUUCUAGUCGACCUGACAUCUUUAGAACUGUAGUACAACACACUUGGAAGAAUUCAUAUGAAGGCCUCAGUAUUUGGACACUGUAUAGAGGGUAUUAAUAGCAUGGUGGCACAUAUGCAUAUAAUAGACUAUUCCCAGGGCAGUCUCAGCUUUAAUAACUUUAACUUUAGGUCAUCACCAUAGAUUUUAGUUUGAGCAGUUAUUGUUUGUGUGAGAAAGUUGACAUAAAUGAGAGAAAGUAAAGGACCCAACACAGAACCUUGGGGAACUCCACUGUUUACUGUUCUUGGGUUACUAAAUUUGUGGUCCACAUGUCCCUACCAAUCAAAAAGUCUGUAAUCCAGUGUAAAAGCUUACCAGUAAUACCCAACUUACUGAAUUUUCUAGUAAUGUACUAUGACUUAUUGCAUCAAAACUUGGAAAAAAAAAAGUCAAGCAAAAUAAUGUCUACAUUAAAUUCCCAGUCUAACCUCAUUGUGAUAUUAUUAUAAGUUAAUACUAGCUGACCCUCCAUGGAAUGCUCAGAUCAGAAGCCAAAUUGGCCUUCACUUAGUUGAUUGUUACUAUCUAAAUAGUCAAACAUAAAUUUGGUACAAAUUUGUUCCAUAGAUUUGUCACAAAACUGAGGUUAAAAAUAAAGGACAUUCCACAUCUGUGGAAGUAUAACAGCAUUGUAAUAAGAACAAAAUACAGUGUAAGUGUUAGGGGAUAUACUAACUCUGGUCUGCAGAAUUUUUAUGAAUAUGGGCAAAAUUCAUCAGGAACCAUGGAAGAAAUGUUUAGGUUAGAGAGAAUGUUAGCAACUGUGUCAGUGGCAGUGUCAAAUUCAUCAUUAUGUCCUUGAAAAGUUUUAUGGAGGGCAGGAAACCCUGGAGCAGAUACUGAAUACACUGAUGCAAAGGUGGUAGCAAAAAGUUUUAACAUCACCUUUGGGUCAUAUAUUGUUUCACCAUCAGCUGCCCUGAGAGGAUUGAUGCUAAGUUUACCAAUUUUUUUUCUUAAAUAGGGUGAAAUACUUUUGGAUUUAGAACUAAAGUUUGAGUCAGAUGCUUCAUGUUCAUACUGCUUAAAAAGGGGAUCAGAUAGGUCUUUAAAUUUACAAGGUCAGUAAUCAGAAGAGAACAAGAAAUAAUGGAUUCAAGCUUGAUAAAGUUAUAUUUAAAAAAGGAAAAAAAAAAAAGGAUAGGAAGGAACUGAAUUUCAAAUAGUGAUAGAUGAAUGGAAGGGAUUCAGCAAUGAGGUUGUUAAUGUUGAGUCAUUAGUGGGCUCGAAGAGAAUAUUAAAUUAAGGGAUAAAGAUGAUAGUAGAAAAUAGAUCAGCGUGUUUCAUACAGGGACUGUCACAUGUAGGCCUGAAGGCUUGCAUCUACCCUUUUCUUAUAUUCUUAAUGAAGUUAGGAGUACGAGGCAGUGGUUGAUACCUUAUGCUAACCAUCCCUGUACUUUCACACUGUGGCUUCACCAUCCCACUUUCUAAUAAAACCAGUUUUUGGUUAUUUUGGCUGGUCACAUUCUCUAGAAAUGCAGUCUUUACUAUUUCAUCAUAUAGAUUUUGCUGUUCCAGUCUUAUGUUCUGUAUCCUAGGCUGCAAAGCACAACACUACUGUUCAUGACAGAUCAGAAGCAACUGGGUAUGAUCCUGCUCCCCUGCCCCCUCCACUGAAAAAAAAAGCAAGUAGUCUCUGAUUGAAAUGAGCAACUGACUGUUGUUUGUGUUUUAAGAUUGCUGAUUAGUGAGAGCUGAGGUGUAAAGGAGGGGCCAAUAGGAUAUGCCUUCUGCUGAAGGAAUCAGAGCAUGUCAGGAAUCAGAGCAUGUGUAUGAUCCUUAACAUAACUAGUUUGAAAAGUUACAGAGCUGAAUAAGUAAAAAUUCACCAGAAUAAAGUACUGAUAUAGAUUUUCUGUUACUGAACCAGUUAGUGCACUUAAGUUGCAAAUCUAUGAGGUAGUCUUGAUGGGAAAAAAUAUUUGGAAAUAGAAAUGUUACAGUCCUGGACUACAAGAUUUUAUCCACAUCAUGCCUAAAAGGAAGUAGAGGUGAAGACAAAAGCAAAAUGCAGAGUACCUCAUGCCCCUCAUCUCAACCUUUUAGGGCAAAUGGAGAGUACCACUUGAUUGUUAAAAGAAGAAAAAGGCUCUUAAACCACCAAUAAUGAGUCAUGAAGAGCCAAGCUUUGUCACCUCUCUUAUGGCUGGUGGAAUGGCAGGCACAGCUGUGGACGUUGCUCUCUUCCCCCUUGACACCCUGAAGACUCGGCUCCAGAGUGAGGCAGGCUUCAGGGCCUCUGGGGGAUUCCGUGGGAUCUAUAGUGGUCUGGGUCCAGCUGCUCUUGCCUCUGCUCCAAAUGCUGCCUUAUUCUUCUGUACCUAUGAGAGCAUGAAAAAAGUCCUGAGCUGUCAUGUCCCUAGCAAUUACCUGCCUGGGGUACACAUGGCAGCAGCCUCUGCUGGAGAAGUGGUUGCAUGCAUAAUAAGAGUGCCCAUGGAGGUAGUCAAGCAGAGAAGACAAGCACAGUUCAGCAAUUCUUCCAUUAAAGUGGUACAGCAUAUUUUAAAGAAAGAAGGAACCAGAGGACUGUUUCGAGGUUACCUUAGCACCGUCACAAGAGAAAUUCCAUUUUCUCUCAUUCAGUUUCCAGUCUGGGAAUGGCUUAAAAAAUAUUGGUCAGAUAAACAAGGCCAUUAUGUUGACUCUUGGCAAUCCUCCUUGUGUGGAGCCUUUGCAGGUGGAUUUUCUGCAGCUCUGACCACUCCUUUAGAUGUUGCCAAAACAAGAAUUAUGUUGGCACAUCAUAAAAGUGCAGCAGCUAAAGGAAAUAUAAACACUGUCCUGAAAAUUGUAUACAAACAGCAAGGAUUAUCAGGGUUGUUUGCUGGUGUUGUUCCUCGAACCCUGUGGAUAUCUAUUGGAGGAGCUGUGUUCUUUGGUGUGUAUGAAAAGGCUAAUUGGCUAUUAAAACAUCAUAUUUAUCUGUAACUAUAUAGCAAUGUUGUAAAUAAAUACAUCUUUUUUUCAUUAUUCCCUAUAUUGUAUAUUAUGUACAGUUGUUAAUGUUUACAUAAGUGAUUUUUAUACAUUGACAUGUCAAUUUAAAAAAAUUUAUG